CCCCAAUCUCUCCCCAACCCUAAUCUCAGCCAUGGAUCUCGCUGCAGAAGAGCUUCAAUUUCUCAACAUUCAAGCUCAGCUCGAUUCAACUCCUCCUUCAGAUCAAUCUAAAACCAAUCAUGAAUGGACCCUUCUUCUUGUUUAUCAAUUCAUCUAUGUUAUCUUCCUCUUCGCCUUCUCUCUUCUCUCCACAGCUGCCGUUGUCUUCACCGUCGCUUCGCUUUACACGGGAAAGCCAGUUUCUUUCUCUUCCACAAUGUCAGCGAUUCCUCUGGUUUUGAAGCGUUUGUUCAUUACCUUCCUUUGGGUUUCUUUAAUGAUGCUUGUGUACAACUCUGUUUUCUUGUUGUUUCUUGUUGUUUUGAUCGUAGCUAUCGAUUUACAAAGCGUGAUUCUCGCUGUUUUCUCGAUGGUUGUGAUCUUUGUUCUGUUUUUGGGUGUUCAUGUUUAUAUGACUGCUUGGUGGCAUUUAGCUAGUGUUGUCUCUGUUCUUGAACCGAUUUACGGGAUUGCUGCGAUGAAGAAGAGUUAUGAGUUGCUUAAAGGAAGAACUAAUAUGGCGUGUUCGAUGGUUUUUAUGUAUCUUGCUCUUUGUGGAAUCACGGCCGGUGUUUUCGGUGGUGUUGUGGUUCAUGGAGGUGAUGAUUUCGGGUUGUUUACGAAGAUUGUUGUUGGUGGUUUCUUGGUUGGGAUUCUAGUGAUUGUGAAUCUUGUGGGGUUGCUUGUGCAGAGUGUGUUUUACUAUGUUUGUAAGAGUUUUCAUCAUCAGCCGAUUGAUAAAUCCGCGUUGCACGAUCAUCUUGGUGGGUAUCUUGGUGAUUAUGUGCCUUUAAAGAGUAGCAUUCAGAUGGAGAACUUUGAUAUUUAAUCGUUUAAUCGAUCGGAUGAUGAAGAAGAAGAUAAAAAGAAACGGUUUUUGCGGUUUGUCAUUGUAAGUUGUAAUGUUUGUAAUUUUCUGUAGUGUUUGUUUUAGCUUUUGCAUAUCUGAAUUAAUUUGGGGAAUAGACUUAUAUUGCAGAUGUUCUGUUCCUUUGUAAUUUCAUAGUGUUUUGUUCAAUAUUGGAAGAUUAAUGGAAUAAAAUUUUUACUAGAGA